GGCGGACAAGCCCGUGUCGUCCGGAUUCCUGGUAUUUAGUCAACUAUCAUAUCACCAAUUGUCACUAGCAUCAGUCUCAACCUUUUAAAAAUGAUGACAGCCAGGGACAGAUGGAGGGUGUACAAGAGGGUGUGUCUCAUGUUCUUCCUGGCUGUGGUGACCCUCACCGUGGUCCAGAGAGGCAACAUGAGCACUGGGGCCCAGUUUCAAGUGGAAAGGCAGACCCGGCAAGAGGCCGCCACUGGUGGUGCUCUUCAGAAGAAGGGCCUCUUCUCUGGGACAGACAGCUUUUGGAAAGUGAGCAAGCGGAAGCAGGAGCCCACCACUGAAGACCCCAAAGUGACGGAGGAGAGAGGAGCCAGGACCUGGGAUGUCACCACUACCAACUGCACCGCCAACCUCAACUUCUCCAACACAGAGUGGUUUGCAGGUCUGGAGCCCACUUUUAAGCAAUUCUUGCUCUACAGGCACUGCAGGUAUUUCCCCAUUAUCAUCAACCACCCAGAGAAGUGCAAAGGGGAGAUCUACCUGUUGAUUGUGAUCAAAUCCAUCAUAACUCAGCAUGACCGCAGGGAGGUGAUCCGGAAGACAUGGGGCAAGGAGCAGGAAAUCGAUGGGAAAAGGAUUAAGACUCUCUUCCUUCUGGGAGCUUCCUCCAAUGAGGUGGAGAAAGCCAAUCACCAGAAGUUGCUGGAGUACGAAGACUACAUCUAUGGGGACAUCCUUCAGUGGGACUUUAUGGACAGCUUCUUCAACCUUACUCUCAAGGAGACUCACUUCCUCAAGUGGUUCUCCACAUACUGUGGCAAUGUGCGCUACAUAUUCAAGGGGGACGAUGAUGUCUUUGUUAAUGUCCAGAACAUAUUUGAGUUUCUGGGGGAUAUCAACAUCAAAAACCUUUUUGUGGGAGAUGUCCUUUUCAAGGCCAAGCCUAUUAGAAAGAAAGAAAACAAAUAUUACAUCCCCCAGGCUCUGUACAAUAAGACCCACUACCCACCAUAUGCAGGUGGAGGGGGAUUCUUGAUGGAUGGCCCCCUGGCUAGAAAGCUCUACGGAGCCUCAGAGACCCUGGACCUGUACCCUAUUGAUGAUGUCUUUCUGGGCAUGUGUCUAGAGGUGGUCCAGGUCACCCCCAUCAGACAUAAUGCCUUCAAGACCUUUGGGCUUGUGAGAAAUAAGAAUAGCAAAUUGAACAAAGAACCUUGCUUCUUCAAAGGCAUGAUAGUGGUACACAAGCUGCUCCCCCCAGAUCUCCUUAAUAUGUGGAAACUGGUCAACAGUGACCUCAUCUGCGCACAGAAAGUAGAGAUCUUAUAGCUUGCACUUGCCCCAGAUACCUUCAUAAACUGCACUGUG